AUGUCAUCUUCCAAGAGACUCACGAUCCUAAUAACUGGUUGCUCACCAGGCGGAAUGGGUUCGGCUUUAGCUAUCGCCUUCCACGACGCCGGACACCACGUGUUUGCAUCGGCGAGGAAUCCGUCUAAGCUGACGUCACUCGCCGCGCAAGGUAUCGAGACUCUAACCUUGGAUAUUACCUCUUCAUCUGACAUUGCGUCCGCUGUGUCCUCUUUAUCGUCUUCUUUACCGGAAGGCAAAGGCCUAGACAUGCUCAUCAACAACGCUGCAGGCAGCUAUACGAUGCCCAUUGCGGACGCGUCGCUGGACGCCGCAAAGAAACUCUUCGAUCUGAACGUCUGGUCACAGAUCGCAGUCACACAAGCUUUCUUACCAUUACUGCUCAAGUCCACGACGGGUGGUCGCCCAAACCAAGCCAUGAUCGUGAACCACACUUCGGUCGGGUCCAUGGCGGCGCUCCCGUUCCAAGGUGUCUACAACUCUUCCAAGGCGGCGCUCGCCAUGCUCUCGGAAACAAUGCGCUUAGAGCUGGCUCCCUUUGGGAUCCGAGUCGUCGAUCUCAAGACGGCGGGCGUGCGCACAAACAUGAUCUUCAACAACAACGUCAACAAAAGUGCCGACCCCAGCGCCAGGCGGCUGCCGGAAGGUUCAAUAUAUGCACCGGCGCGCGAAAUCGUGGAGUCCGCCAUGAGCCAAAAAGAUCUUAGCGAGAGAGGUAUCACAGCGGAACAGUGGGCCAAUGAGGUAUCGGCACUGCUUCUGGGGAAGAGCCCACCGGCUGUUAUCUGGAGGGGUGAGAGCGCGCUAAUGGCUCGGGUUGCCGUCGGGUUGCCGUGUUCUGGCUUGUUUGAGGGUAUGAUAAAGAAGAUAACCAAAUUGGACGUUGUAGAGGAGAUCAUCAAAGAGAGUAGGAAGUAA